CCUGUGCGAAAGUGGAUUGACCUCUGCGUCCACUGGAAAAAGAGUGGGGGCGCGUUCUGUUUUUCCGUGGGGGUGUCAGCUCUGAAUCUUCCCGGAAGGAGGAGAAAAGGCCGAAAUCUAUUCUCUAGUCCCUUCUCACCCACUGGCGGGUGACUAAGGGAAGGAAACAGAAGGACCCUUUAUAAGGUUAGCAUUACUGAAGUUAAAGUACUGAAAUUCUCUGGAUGAGCUCAAUGAUAGAAAUAAUAAUGAAGAUUAUUAGUUUUCCCUUCCAGUUAAACACAUUUCUUCACUUUGUUCCUGGAGUAAAGCCAGAACCAACAUUGUCUCUAUUUCUAAUCAAAUAAUGGAGAGAAAAAAACAACCAACACAAAUUCUGAAUGCAGUUAGAGGACCCUUGAGGCAGUGUCUGAUGAAGCUUGAGUUGUGCCUCUGACUCAUUUCUGACUUUGGUUCUUUCAAUGAAGAAAAUGGCGAAGACACUGGGUUUCAUCCUUGUUGCCACUGUUCUGAUAACAGUCAGGGGAAGCUGGGCUCUGGAGAGCUGUUCCCAGGAGCAGGUGCGGCUCAGAGCACAGGUGCACCUCCUCGAGACCCGGGUCAAACAGCAACAGGUCAGGAUUGCACAGCUUUUGCAUGAGAAGGAGAUUCAGUUGCUUGAUAAAGGAGAGGAGAAUAGUAGAAUUGACCUUGGAAGCAAGAGGCAGUAUGCAGAUUGUUCAGAGAUUUUCAAUGAUGGCUAUCAGCGCAGUGGAUUUUACAAAAUCAAGCCUCUGGAGAGCCCAGCAGAAUUCUCUGUGUAUUGUGACAUGUCUGAUGGAGGAGGCUGGACUGUAAUUCAGAGACGAACGGAUGGCAGUGAAAACUUUAACAGAGGCUGGAAUGACUACGAAAAUGGCUUUGGAAAUUUUGUUCAAAAAAAUGGUGAAUAUUGGCUGGGUAAUAAAAAUCUUCACCUACUGACUAUACAAGGAGACUACACUUUAAAAAUAGACCUUGAAGAUUUUGAAAAGAAUAGCCGUUACGCACAAUAUAAAAGUUUUAAAGUUGGAGAUGAAAAGAAUUCCUACGUUUUGAAUAUUGGAGAAUAUUCUGGAACGGCUGGAGACUCCCUUGCAGGGAAUUUUAACCCAGAGAUGCAGUGGUGGGCCAGUCACCAAAGGAUGAAGUUUAGCACAUGGGACAGAGACAAUGACAACUACCAAGGGAACUGUGCAGAGGAAGAUCAGGCUGGCUGGUGGUUUAACAGGUGUCACUCUGCAAACCUAAAUGGUGUCUACUACAGGGGCCCCUACACUGCUGAAACUGACGAUGGGCUUGUCUGGUACACCUGGCAUGGCUGGUGGUAUUCUCUGAAAUUUGUGGUUAUGAAAAUUAGGCCAAAUGAUUUUAUUCCAAAUAUUGUUUAAUUGUCCCCUGUUGGGCUUUUAUUUUUGCAAUUCAUCUUAUUUAAAAUAAUUUGCAAAAUAGCAGUUCUGAACAUACACAUAAUGAUGCCAAUUAUUAUGUGUGCUUCUUUUCUCUUUUUUAACUUGCUUUUAGUACUUAGUGCACUUUUUGUACAACAAAUAUGCAUUAUUUUCCAAAUAAAUGUAGAUUAUAUUAAUAUUUAUUGAAUUCCUAUGUGCAAAGGGCUAUGAUAAAUUUUAUGUUGUACAAAAAAAUUAAAUAAAAGCAUAGGCUAUAUACCAUGAUUUAGGAGACAACACAAGCAUAGAUGCAUAACAAUUUAGUUUUAAUGCAAAUGACAAGAAAAUGACACAAUUUAGCACAUAAUAGAUUGCCAAAUCAACUGCAUAGACAAUAAACAUGAGCUGGG